AUGGAAUCAGAAGUAUUUGUUGCUUCAAGAGAAAUCAUUGUAAUGGUUUAGAAGAAUGGCCUGGAAGUCUGUAAUCUUUUCUUUAAAUCUCUGGAGAAAUGGAACUAUUCUCUGUCUCAGGAUUUGCAUGGACAAAGACUGAUAACGUCACUACUCUUCCUAAACUUCCAUCUCUUGGGUAAUGGCAUUGCUUGCAUCUUUAACUGGAAAAGCACUUUUGCAGAAUCCAUCCUUUGGAGGAAGGAUUAUGGUCAUCACUGAAAGGAACAGCCUGCUUUACACCUUCUUCUAUAAACCUUUAAAAAUCAUUGUAUCAUGGAAGGAGACUCUGGGAAAAGGAAAUCUACAUUGCUUUAAAGAAUUGCUAAGCUGUGGACCUAAGGAGAGUGCCUGACUUUGGCCAAGUUCAAGCUUGUUUUCUUCUUAAGGCUAAGCCCUCCAUGGUCUCAUGGAGGGCUUUUUGAAAUCCUAUGUGAUCAGUGACUAGACAUAUUAAGAAAGAAAAACUUUCUGUCUGCUCUGAUGAAACUAAGGAAUAGAUUUCUUUUCCUAUUGAAUGGUUAUAAUGAGUUCAAACCCCAAAGCUGCCUAGACAUAGAAACCCUGAUUAAGGAAAAUGACAACUUCAAGAACACAGUCAUCAUCACCAUGACAACCUACAUGAGACACAGGAGGCAAUCUGGAGUGCUAGUUGCUGAAGAAGGGCAUUUGGCUGAAGACAGUGCCCAGGCUCUCAUUCGGAAAGUCUCCAUGAAGGAUCUGGCACAUGGUUGGCUCCUCCUGGUCAAGAGGUCCAAGUUCCUGAAGAAACUAACAUAGAUUCCUUUCUUUGUGAUGAUGAAUCAAAUGAGGGAAAAUGAAUUCCACCCAAAUACUACUUCCCUGCUCUACACCUUCUAUAAUCUGCUAGUGUGGAAAGACAACAGGAUAAAAGGUGUAGCUGAGAGUGGGUUCUCCCAGAGGACAGACCACUUUGGAGACCUGGCUCUCAGUGGGGUAUUUGGCCAUAGGUUUGAUUUUGACCUUUCUAGUGCAAAUGAGGAUGUUCUGCUGAGUACUGGGCUCCUUUGAAGACAAAUAGCUCAAAGACUCGGGCCACAGUACAAGCUCUUUCAUAUGUCAUUUCAAGACUACAUAGCUGGAUAACGGCUUACAGUAGAGGAGUCAGAGAAGGUGACCAGAGGGAAUGCUUACCUGCAAAAAAAUGUAACCAUCUUCAGCAUCACAACAACCUACAGCAACAUGAUUGUCUACAAAUGUGAGUCUUUGACUGAGGCCACUAGAAUUAUCACGAAACAUCUUGCAACUAUCUGUCAGCAUGGAAGUCUCAUUGGGCUCUCUCAGAAUCAUCACAAUUUGCCAAAGCUAAGCAAAUUUGACAUAUCUGAAAACCAGCUGGAUACAGAUGUCAAAGAGGCUUUAUGUGAACCAGGGGAUAGGUUAAAUGUCCUGAAAUAGUCAACAAUACUGCUGCUCUCCUGGGGAUGUGACAUACAUCUGUGCCUAAUAAGACUUCUAGAGAGCUGGCAAUCACUGCUGCAGCUCAUCACAGUUGGCUUAAAGGAAUGGAUUCUCACAUAUGCUGAGAUCCAAAUGUUGGUCUUUGAGAAGAAACUUCUGGAAAACUUCCAAUAGUUGGAUUUGGCAGGAAAUUGUGUGAGAAGUAAUCGACAGUUUACCUUUAUGGGCACAUUACUGAAUCUCAGGGAACUGAUUUUUUUUUACUUAAUUACCAAAGAAUUGCUUCCUGAUCCCCAGUUGGCCAGGAAAUGUGGUCAUCUAUAA